GCUCUGUGGUGAAACUCGGAGCAGAAGCAGAGCAGCAGGCUGAUGUUCAUGUCCUAAAAGCUCCGGUAGUUUGAUACCAACCAGCUGUGAGAUUACAGCGGCCUGGAAUCCCACCGGAGUCCCGCUUUAGGCUGGAAUAUCCGGUUUAUCCCGGAAUAUCCGGUUUAUUCCGACUUAUCCCACUGGCUGCUGGAAUACCUCCGCAGCUCCAUCUCCUGUUCCUGGACUGACUUCCUUCCAUCAUGGCUGAGAUCAGAUGCAGAAAGUCUGCGGCUCUGGAGGGAGAAGCUGCAGAAGAGAGCAGGAGUGAGGCCGCAGAGGAAGAGGAGGAGAGGAGGGAGUCCGGAGGUGAGGAAGAUGGUCAGGAGAGAGUCCCGCCAUCCACGCAGAAAUCUGCUGCAGCCAGCUUGCUGCAGUCUGGGCUCAGGAUGAUGUUCGGGGCGAUGGCAGCAGUGGCCUGCGGGAUGCUGUACGCCGGGUACCUGUCCGGGUUCCACGACAGGAAGUUCUGGUUUUCUAGCAGGCAGGACCUGGAGCGGGAAGCGUCGUUCCCGGGCGGCAGCGGCCUCUACUACCACUACUACAAGCGCCUGCUGGCGGCGCCGUCCUUCAGCUCAGGGUUCUACGAGCUGACGGCGGAUAACGGCACCGUGUCUGGCCGGACCAUCAACGCUGUGGAGAGGCUGUUCCUCUACCCAGAACUCAUCACCAGCUUCCUCUACCGGGUCACAGGCAGCCAGAACCGGGUGGAGCCCGUCUCCUUCUACCUGGGCUCGGUGUUCGGCCUGCAGGCCGUCUGCGUCUCGGCGCUGUUCGUGUGCAGCUGGGCCCUGAGCGGUACCUGCGUGGCCGGCAUGCUGGCCGUGUCCUGGUUCGUCAUCAACAGGCAGGACGCCAGCAGAGUGGAGCAGGGCGUUCCUCUGAGGGAGAACUGGGCUCUGCCGUUCUUCUCCUGCCAGGUGGCAGCGCUGACCGGCUUCCUGAGCCGCAGCACCGGUUCUGCUUCCGAGAUGUUCUGCUACCUGAUACUGAGCGCCUGCAGCUUCAGCUUCCUGCUGCUGUGGGAACUCGGACACUACUUCCUGUUCGUCCAGGGCGUCUGCCUGGUUCUGCUGGACUCACUGGGCCUGGUACCGCCACGCAAGACGGCCGACGUCUACAGGGCGUACCUGGGCUCGCUGGUUCUGGUCUACCUGGCCCAGUUCCAGAACGCCUCCCUGCUCGGCUCUCCGCUGCUCAGCCUCCUGAUUGGCUUGGUGCCGGCCAGGUACUUCCAGAGGAAGAUGAAGAUGAAGAUGAAGAUGGGUCGUCUGGGCGCCAGAGUGAUGAAGCUGCUGCUGCACAUCCAUCUGGUCUUCAGCUGCGUAUUCACCUGCAGCUUCCUGAUGAAGAAGCUUUUACCGGCCAGCGGCGCCGACUUCACCCUGCAGCUCCUGGAGGCCAAGUUGGGUCUGAACUCGACGGCAGACUUUGUCACCAAUUUCCUGCUGUGCCAGGAAGCGCUGCGGGCGCCGGGCCAGGACCUCUUCCUGCGGCUGACCCAAACCUCGCUGCUGCCCUUCUAUGUCCUGGUUCUGACCGUCUGCCUGCUGUCCGCCCUGCAGGCUGUCUUCAGGAGGCUCAGCGGCCAGCCAAUCAGCAGCAGCCUCAGACUGGAGGACGGGCGAAUCGGAGAGCAACCUGCCGUCGCCUAUCACCUCCUCCACACCCUGCUGCUCGGCGUCCUGACGCUGCUGUUCGACGGGGUGAAGUAUUUGUGGACACCGUACGUCUGCAUGUUCACGGCGUUCGGCGUGUGUUCUCCUGACCUCUGGAUGACCUUGUUCAAGUGGCUCAGGCUGAAGUCCGUCCAUCCGGUGGUGUUGUCUCUGAUCCUGAGCACGACGGUUCCAACCAUCAUCGGCUUCAGCUUGUGGAGAGAGUUCUACCCGCGGGUUCUGGCGGAGCUGGCCGACCUGCAGGAGAUCUACGACCCGGACCUGAUGGAGCUGAUCGCCUGGAUCAGGUCUCAGGCUCCGGCCGUGUUCGCCGGCAGCCCUGUUCUACUGGGAACCAUCAAACUAUGUUCUGGUUCCGUCGUCACCAGUUUACCCGUUUACUCUGACUUGGACCUGCUGAGAAGAACCGAAGAUACCUUCCAGGUGUACGCCAGGAUGUCUGCCGAGGACGUCUACAAGCGGCUGGCGGCCCACAGAACCGCCUACGUCAUCGUGGAGGAGUCCAUCUGCAGCGACGUCCAGCUGAGGACAGGCUGCCGGGUCAAAGACCUGCUGGACGCCGCCAACGGACAGGCGGCCCGGUUCCAGACGGACUCCUUCUCCAAGCACGGCCGCUUCUGCCAGGAAGUCAAGAUGAACUACUCCCCCUACACCAACUACUUCACCCGGGUGUUCUGGAACCGCUCGUACCACGUCUACAGGGUGAACCCCGUCAUCUCCUUCCAGUACUGACCGGUUCUGGACUCUGCAGUCCUGGCUGCAGUACUGCUGACGGCCACAUGGUGGCAGAAGAGGCGCUUUGGUCCUGAUUGUCUGAAGCUCUGGGUCGGUCAGGUUCUGCAGUGGUAACGUCCGGCACAGACAUGGUUCUGUGCAAAAGUUAUAGGUCAGAAUAAAAAAAAAAAAUCAGACCUGAAGGUGGCGAGGAACUGGACUGAGCUCCAACGAGUCGAUCUUCAGAAAACCUGAAGCUCUGCUGACCUGGAUCAUUUAACGGACGGGCGGCACCCACAGUGUGGAUCCUGUUUGGAUCCGUCCUCUUCCUCCUGGAGAAAUCCAGCUCCAGUGAUUCUACCCUGCAGGAAUGGGAUCAUGUGAUCCAGUGGAUGUUGUUUUUAUUUGGCCAUCAUUUUGUUUUUCCUUCGUCAUUUGCAGACUUCCUGAACGUUUCAGCCACCGUUACCGCGGUAACAGCGUCAGGUGAUGAACACCUGGAUAGAUCUGAAGGAGGUUCUGGUUCUGGUUCCUCAUCUCAUCAGGGUUUAAAUUAGAACUCAUUCAGUCCCAAACCCAAAGUGGACCUGGCGGUUCUGUUUACCCCCAGGAAAGGAGGGCGUUGCCAUGGCAACCCUGUUGUUUUUAACUCCUGUUGCUGUGGCGCGGUGUUAGCCUGCAGAUUUUCCUCUGGAAUAUUUUAUUUUUAUGCUGUUUAUUGGACAGAAAACCAUUUCUGAAUGUUUUGCCGUUUCCUGGAUUUGCUGCUUCGCCUUUCCUCUACAUGGUUCCACCUGCUGCAAGAACAGUCUGCUUUCAGGGAUUUUUAUAUAAAUAUUAGUUUAAGCUGCUUGUAUCGAACAGCGGCGGUCCGUCUGCCUUAGAGUGAGAUUCAGCUGAGAAUCUCUCAGAAUUAAAUCACUGAUCUGAUCACGA